AGACUCCUUUUCAUCCGCCCGGUCCUCAGUCGCGCCGAGAGGAGAGGAGUCGCAGCUAUGGCAACGACAGAGGCAGAAACCCGGCAGAAGCUGGUGAGGAACGUGAAGAAGGAGGUGAAGCAGAUCAUGGAGGAAGCGGUUACAAGGAAGUUCGUCCAUGAAGACAGCAGCCACAUCGUCUCCUUCUGUGCUGCGGUGGAGGCGUGUGUGCUGCACGGGUUGAAGAGGAGGGCGGCCGGGUUUCUGCGCAGCAACAAGGUGGCGGCUCUCUUCACUAAAGUGGGGAAGAGUUUCCCCCCGGCGGAGGAGCUCUGCCGCAAAGCUCAGGACCUGGAGCAGCUCCUCGACAACAAGCGGAGUCAGACAAUCUCGUGUGAUAGCUCGCGUAAGCUUCCUAAACUGCCGAGUCUCUCCAGUCAGCCGGUCCGACACCUGUGGAUCCGCACGGCUCUGAUCGAGAAGGUUCUGGAUAAAAUCGUGUUGUACCUGGUGGAGAACAGCAGUAAGUUUUAUGAAAAAGAGGCGGUUCUGAUGGACCCGGUGGACGGCCCCAUCCUGGCCUCACUGUUAGUGGGGCCGUGUGCGCUGGAGUACACUAAGAUGAAGACGGCUGAUCAUUUCUGGACGGACCCCUCAGCUGAUGAACUGGUGCAGAGACACAGGAUCCACAGCACCCACUACAGGCAGGACUCGCCCACCAAGAGACCCGCCCUCUGCAUCCAGAAAAGGCACUCCAGCAGCAGCAUGGACGAGCGCCCAUCUCCAUCACCUUCUGCCAGGGACUACGUGGAAUCACUGCACCAGAAUUCCAGAGCUACGCUGCUGUUCGGCAAGAACAACGUCCUCGUGCAGCCGAGGGAUGAUAUGGAGGCUAUCCCAGGGUACCUCUCUCUGCACCAGACGGCUGAAGCUAUGACUCUGAAGUGGACGCCCAAUCAGCUGAUGAACGGCUCUGUGGGAGACCUGGACUACGAGAAGAGUGUGUACUGGGACUACGCCAUGACCAUCCGUCUGGAGGAGAUUGUGUAUUUGCACUGUCAUCAGCAGGUGGACAGUGGUGGGACGGUGGUGCUGGUCAGUCAGGACGGGAUACAGAGACCCCCGCUCCGGUUCCCGCGGGGCGGACACCUCCUGCAGUUCCUGUCCUGCCUGGAGAACGGCCUGCUGCCCCGCGGCCAGCUGGACCCGCCGCUGUGGUCUCAGAGGGGGAAGGGGAAAGUGUUUCCUAAGCUGAGGAAGAGAGGACCUCAGGGAUCCACCGACUCCGUCUCGGACAAGGAGGAGGACGAGGCCACGGAUUACGUCUUCCGCAUCGUCUUCCCCAACAGCCAGUCUGAGUUCGCUGCUCCAGAGUUGAUGGAGCAGGGGUCGAACCUGUGGCAACCCAGGAAGUCCUCCUGCUCCUCCUGCUCUCAGGGCAGCUUCUCUGAUGGAGCGCCCCCUAAUGGCUGCAACCACGAGAGAACCCCUCUGAAGCUCCUCUGCGACAACAUGAAGAAUCAGAUCAUCUCCAGAGCUUUCUAUGGAUGGCUGGCGUACUGCCGCCACCUCUCCACGGUACGCAUCCACCUGUCCGCUCUGGUCAACCACACCAUCGUGGAGCCUGAUGCACCGUGUGAUGCUUACGGGGGUCUGACCGCUGAAGUGUGGAGUAAAUUCCUGCAGGACUGUAGUGCGUUUGAGGAGAAGGAGAUUUUACGGCUGGUGUAUUUUGGAGGUGUGGAGCCGACGCUGCGGAAGGAGGUCUGGCCCUUCCUGCUCGGACACUAUCAGUUCGGGAUGACCGAGAGCGACAGAAAGGAGGUGGAUGAUCAGGUGAGGGCGUGUUAUGAGCAGACGAUGAGCGAGUGGUUGGGGUGUGAGGCGAUCGUACGGCAGAGGGAGAAGGAGCAGCACGCUGUAGCUCUGGCCAAGUGCUCCUCCGGCGCCAGCAUCGACAGCCAGAGCCAGAGGAUGCUCCACCGCGACUCCACCAUCAGCAACGAGUCGUCUCAGAGCUGCAGUUCAGACAGGCAGAGAGACGCUCGUCUACAGAGCGAUUCCAGUAGCAGCACACAGUUCUUCACUUCCCUAAGCCCCUUCCCCCGGAGUAGUCGGCUUCCCUUUGGCUUCUUUCUGCAGGUGUUCGAGUCCGUCGAGGAGGUGGAGCAGAUCGAGACCGAGCCCAAAGGAGACGAGGCCAAGCGAGUACCCAAAGUCUCCAACGAGACGUCGCAGAACGGCAACGCCUCGCCCGACUCGGGCCACCCUUCUUCCAGAAACUUCUCGGUGACCUCGGGCCACUCGGACUCCCUCAGCACGGAGGACAGCGGGGCGCAGGACCUAAGUGCCAAAGCUUUAAGCCAAACUGUAGCAGCAAAGCAGCCCAACAAAAAUCCAGGAGUCCAGAAGAGCCCAACUAAAGGACUGAAAGAAAAGACUGACGGGGUUGAAGAUGGAGUGGAAGCUUUAGAAGAAGAAGAGACGACUGAGACAGCUGAUGGUUCCUCAAAGGACAAAGAGGCAGAGACAGUUCCUGAGAGAACUGUACUCUACUCUACUUCUCAAACGGAAGACGCCAAUACUGCAGGAAAUGAUCCAAAAACGAGAGAGGCAGAGACGUUUCCAUCAUCAGUCGAGAAAGAUGAGCCAUCAAGUGGUUCAAGGAUUGUUGAGAUGCCUUCAGAUCCUCCAUCAGAGUCUCCUGCAUCAAUGAAAGUUCAGAUAUCAGAAGAUCAGACAGUCGUAAGACCAGAAACAGAGCUAAACGAAGAGGCCAACCUCCGGAGAGAGAAGGCCAGGAUGCAGAUAGCCCCUGUAGUGGAGGAAACCGUGGUGCCCAUAGUGUUCGAAGCCUUCAGCACACGCGAAAUGAGCGAAACCCCGUCAGACGAGUCGCCGUCAGCCAUCGAGAUGGAGGACAUCCCCUCGGCCAGGGUGGCUCCAGCCUGGGACAGGCCCCCUCGUACCCGGGGUAGAGGCUCGGCCGUGCCCGCGCUGGAGCUCAGACCUGACGGAGGAGCUUCUAAAGGAAGUCCUGAAGGUCCCGAGUCUGCUCUGUCUGAAGAACCCGAGAUGGAGAGCCUCUACCCACAGUUUGAUUCGCUCGCUGUGGGCGGAGACAAGAACGGAGCCACGUCUCCAGUCUCCUCCAUUGGGACCACGUACUCGCAGGAGCUGUUGGAUAUGUACACUCUGAAUCUGCACCGUAUUGAGAAGGACGUACAGAGGUGUGACAGGAACUACUGGUACUUUACUCCCGCCAACCUGGAGAAGCUCCGCAACAUCAUGUGCAGUUACGUCUGGCAGCAUCUGGAGAUCGGAUACGUUCAGGGCAUGUGUGACCUGCUGGCUCCUCUGCUGGUCAUCCUGGACGACGAGGCUCUGGCGUUCAGUUGUUUCUCUGAGCUGAUGAAGAGGAUGAACCAGAACUUUCCGCACGGAGGAGCGAUGGACACUCACUUCGCCAACAUGAGAUCCCUCAUCCAGAUCCUGGACUCUGAGCUGUUUGAACUGAUGCAUCAGAACGGAGAUUACACUCACUUCUACUUCUGCUAUCGGUGGUUUCUGCUAGACUUCAAACGAGAGCUGGUGUAUGACGACGUGUUCUCGGUGUGGGAGACGAUCUGGGCGGCGAGGUACGCCUCCUCCGGUCACUUCGUGCUCUUCAUCGCUCUGGCUCUGGUGGAGAUCUACAGAGACAUCAUCCUGGAGAACAACAUGGACUUCACCGACAUCAUCAAAUUCUUCAACGAAAUGGCUGAACACCACAAUGUGAAGCAGGUUCUGGCGAUGGCUCGAGAUCUGGUGUGUAAAGUUCAGAUUCUCAUCGAGAACAAAUAACCCGGAGUCCUCCACCCGCCCCCCCGGACCUCCAUCACCUCACCAGAGCUCUCCAUCCUCCAGCCUCUACUGCAGCAUCCAGAUCCUCCACCCAGUGUACCCACCGCUAACUGCUAACCGCUAACCUCCCACUCACCAGACAGUGUACCAACCGCUAACUGCUAACCUCCCACACACCAGUCAGUGUACCAACCGCUAACCGCUAACCUCCAGUCAGUGUAACUCCGCCCAGAAGAGUCGUUCUCCUGUAGAAUCAGGUUUAACUGGUUAUUAAACUCACUGGUUUUGGUGAUUAUCGUAUUUUUGCUGCUCUGUUUCUGGGGUGUAGUUUACGUUUGGGCGUGCGUCUCUAACCGUACGCUAGAUUCAGAGUUAGCGAUAUUUAGCGAUUAGCUGCUGAAGGAAAUUUCAAGCACAAGUGCUUUUUAACUUUAGACUGUAACGCUUCUACCAUCACCUGCUAAUUCAAUUUAGAAAACGAUAAAAAUAGGGGCUCUGAGUGCUGGUUUUGCUGGUUUAAAUCCUGGUCAUGCAGCUUGCCAUCAGCUGCUGGAGUCCUGAGGGAGCACAACUGUCCUUGCUCUCUCUGGGUGGGUACACUAGAUGGUGCUUUUUCCCCUCAUCACUCCUAGGGUGAUGUGGAUCAGCACAAGGCUGCAUCUGUGAGCUGAUGUAUCAGAACCGAGUCGCUGCGCUUUCCUCCGUGUGUUAGCGCUGUAGUGAUGCUACUCGGGAAUGCUACAGCAUCAGCAGCAGCUCAAAAAGAGGUGGGUGUCUCUUUUUGGGGAUAUACAGCUAGAGUAACAGCUGAUUAGUUGGGAAAAUUAGUCUAGCUAAAUUGGGGGAAAAAAUGGGAAAAAAUAAAAAAGUAAAAAUGAUUUGGCACGGAAAUCUUUGAUUCCUGAAUAUCCUAUUUAUAUCUUAAUUAAAUCUAGACUAUAUUUCUAAUUUUAAGAAGUUAUUUCACACACAAUGUGAUCAUUUUCAAGCAUUUAUACACUAUACCAGCUUUUAAACAUGGUGGUGGUAGUGUGAAAACAUUUUUUAUAAAUUUAAAAGCAUACGCUGUAAAUAUGAUAACAGAUGUGAGGAUAUAAACUGAGUUUAAACACUUUUGCUUGAAAUUUCUCUCCAGUUUUUGGAUCUUUAUCCGAGUCCACCGCGUGUUCACCAAACCAGUACCACCAAACCAGUAGCACCAGUCAGAGCACAGUCCUGAUCCACAGAGUCGUUCACUAGUGAUGAUGAACCGGUAUUACUAUCGCAUUACAAAAAAAACCUUGUGUAUGCUUGUGUGUGUGUGUGUGUGUGUGUGUGUGUGUUAGUGAUGCAACGAAAUUAACAUUUUUGGCUCAAUUUUGGACAUUUCAUUCAUUUUGCCACUUUUUCACUUUUCAUUGCACAAAUUAAAUAGUUUAUAGCUUAUAAACUUAUUUUUUUUUUCUUUUUUUUAUGGAACAAAAUAUUUUUUAUCAUCCCAGCAAACACACCAACAAAGCACAAUAUAGCAUUUCUACUAGAUAUUUAAUUUACCUCGAUUACACAAUUAUGAAGACUAGAAAGAGCUGCCUCUGCUGGGCUGGAAUUCUUUAGCCGCAAUGCUAACAAGCCGGACUCAGCUGGUAUAGUGUUAAAAGCCCUGAUGCUAACAGACACAGCAGCUGGUCUGGACAAGGCUAGGUUUAGUCCGGGCUAAAGGAGCGCUAAAACCCCCUGAUUUUAGCUUAAUCCAAAUUUAAAAAAUGCUAAAAAAUGGGAGUAGUAGUUUGGGAGAGGCACUGAGUGAUGUAUGGGUUUAGGGGUGGGGCAGGAGAGAGAGCUGAUUGGCUGAGCUGCUGCAGCAUUAUUGCAGGU